AUGAUCAACUUCGUCCGGAGAACAGGAGUGAAGAUUGUAAUUACAACUUACAAAGCCAACCGCAUCACGCUUAUCAACGCCAAAAGAGCUGCUUACAAACGUCGCCGGCCAACAGUUCCAAUAAGCGGCCCUUCCAUCAUGCCCACGAUGCUGACGGAAAUUUCGCGCACGAACAGGCCUCUUCGGGCAUUUCUGGACCCAACAUAUUAUGAACACGACAACUCCUCCUCCCAUCUCAGUAACCGACCUCAACUCCACCGCACUACCGCAACAUCCCGCUAUGUCGACAUCCAACACCACCGGCGCGCCAACUCCCGGUGCUCCGUCGCUCAGCACCACCUUCUCCAACAUUACCACAAUCCCCGCGCCGACGGCGACAACAACCACCACCACAACCUAACCAUGGACUGGAACAGUUCCCGAUGA